AUGCGCAAUAUCACCUCCGGACACUUCAUCCUCGGCUGGAGCUUCGGGCUGGAUGGGCCGGCCCCGGUUCUUGACAUCUCGGUGCUGCCGGCCUUGCCAUCAGCCUGGACGAAGACCAACUGGUCCAACUCACCGUCCAUUUCCAUGUCGCUGAAGCUCGUGCUGGCCUUAGCGUCGUUGACGCUGGUUUCAGUUGGCAUCGGAAUCUGCGUCACUGUAAGAUGGCGUCUCAAUUGCUUCGAGGUGCAAGAGGACUGGGAGGUUUCGUUAGGCCCCAAGAGAUUCUCUUAUGAAGUCUUGUUUCACGCGACAGAGGGGUUCAAUGAGAAGAACCUGCUCGGGAGGGGAGGUUUCGGGAGUGUUUAUAAGGGCGUGAUUCACAAGCCUGAUAUAGAGGUCGCCGUGAAGAGAAUGUCACACGAUUCAAGGCAAGGGGUAAAGGAGUUCAUUGCCGAGGUGGUUAGCAUUGGUCGUCUUCGACACCGAAAUAUCGCACAAUUAUUGGGCUACUGCAGGCGUAAAGGUGAACUUCUCCUGAUUUAUGACUACAUGAAAAAUGGUAGUCUUGACAAGUACCUACACACAAGAAAUGGCCCAACUCUAUGCUGGUCCGAGAGGUACUCAAUCAUCAAAGGUGUGGCAUCAAGUUUGUUGUAUCUACAUGAGGAAUGGGAGCAGGUCAUCAUCCACCGAGAUAUAAAGGCAAGUAAUGUGCUCUUGGACAGCAAGAUGAAUGGGCGGUUGGGUGAUUUUGGUCUUGCAAGGAUAUAUGACCACGAAACUGCUGCUCAAACCACCCAUGUGGUUGGCACCAUGGGAUAUCUUGCGCCAGAACUCUUGCGUGCCGGGAGGCCAACACCUUUCUCUGAUGUAUAUGCAUUUGGCAUGUUUCUCCUAGAGGUCACAUGUGGACAAAGGCCAAUCUUCAUCAAUGAGCAAAACAACCGGGUAUUGUUGGUCGAGUGGCUGCUUGAGCACCACCACAACAGCUCAAUGCUCGACACAGUGGAUCCACGACUCGGAGGGGAAUUCAACAUGAAGGAGGUAACCAUCGUGCUCAAAUUGGGCUUGCUAUGCACAUACCCAUCGCCCAACGCGCGGCCUGUCAUGCGAAAGGUCAUGCAGUAUCUUGACCAUGACCAAUCGCCUCCUGAUUUAUCACCGGCCUACAUAAGCUACAUCACGAUGGCCCAAAUGCAAAAUGAAGGGUUUGAUUCACACAACAUGCCAUGUUCUCAGCCGGCAAGGAGUGUUGCCACCGUGUCGGGUGAGUCUUCAGUGACAAUUUUGCAAGAGGGAAGAUGA